UCCAAUUAAACAUCCGGGUGUUUGAAUGGAUCCGUGAAUUACACUAUACCUGGCUAAGGGAAACAACUUCGUUGGGAACAAGAUACAAGAAAUACUAAAUUUGUAGAAGAUGGGCAUUCUUUCAAAUCCAAAAUCAAGACAGUUGAUAGUUGAGAAAGUAUCUCGUUACAACAACAUCCUGUCUGGAGCUUGCUAUGUUGUUGGGGUCAUUUGGUUUAUGGCUUUGGCAUACAAACCAUUCAAUGCUAAAACAUAUUUCUCAGAAAAUGCUCUUCUGCCAGGUGUGGUUGAGAGUGGAUUCUUCUUUGAUUUUGAUGUUAGUUCAUAUAUCACUGAGGUUAAAGAUGAAUUAAAAAGGGAUAAAAGGAAUGUCCCAAGAGACUGGCUGUACCAGAAAAUGAGAGAGGCAGGUCUGGAGACAUACAAACAGAACUAUACUAUCCAUUACCCCUUGCAUAUUCUCCAAGGACAGUUCGUCCCAGGACAGAACGUGUAUGGGAUAUUACGUGCCCGGAGAGCAUCGAGGGUUGAGGCGGUGGUGUUGUCAGUGCCGCUGCGCUCCAAGUCUUCAGAACUGCCACAGACAUAUGGAGGACUCAUUGUCAUGUUGGGCUUGGUGCGAUAUUUCAUCCGUCAGCCAUAUUGGAGCAAGGACAUCAUAUUCCUGGCAACUGACAGAGAGGAGUUAGGCAUGCAAGCUUGGCUGGAUGGCUACCACCAUGUGCAUUCACAGUACAUCAGGCCAGAUGAGUUGCCAGCUCGAAGUGGUCAGAUACAGGCGGCCCUGAAUCUGGAGAUACCCGACAGUAAUAUCCAAUUCAUGAACAUCAAGAUGGAGGGCCUGAACGGCCAGCUGCCCAACCUUGACCUUGUCAACCUUGUGGUUAGGCUGUGUAACCGGCAUGGGCUGCAAGUCAAACUACACAACAAGGCGGAUGUCUCAGACAUGGAGGCAGAGACCCCUCAAGGCUACCUGCAGUCUGCCGGCACCAUGGUGAGGAUGAUGUGGGCCCAGGCAUCCGGUUCCCCCUCUGGCAACCACGGCCUCUUCCAUCGCUACCACAUCGAGGCUGUUACACUGGAAGCUGUGUGCAAGAAGAAGACCGGACGGUUCUCCUUGGACACUGUCGGCAGAGUUGUUGAAGGGAUAUUCCGCAGCCUGAACAACCUCCUGGAGCGGUUCCACCAGUCGUUCUUCUUCUACCUGCUACCAGGAACAGAGCGCUAUGUGUCCAUUGGGCUCUACAUGAUCCCAUUUGCCAUUAUAUGCUGCUCAUGUCUAAUAAAAAUAUCCUUUCAUGCAAUUAAAAGAAGGACCCUGAUGAAAGCUAUUGCAUUGUGGGUGAAGCUAAGUGCUGAUGCAAGCAAGCCAGACACCGAUACCGACAUUGCUGUGGGGCAGGGAAAGGCGGGCAGUGAUAAGAACGUCACUGAGACCACGGCUGCAACACAGGAAAAAACUGGGGAAAAACUGGAUACAAAAUCCCUCCAUGACGUUGUUGAAGAGGAUACUGAUAUUGAUGAUCAUGAUGACCAACCAUCGGGUGUGUUAUCCAUUCUGCCAUUGGUGCUGAGCAGUGUGAUCAUGUCAGUGCUGUGCUAUACAGGCCCAGAGUUGCUGUCCAGUGUGGCAGUGCCAUUCAAAAUGAACGUAGAGGACGGAAUCUUUUAUGGCUUUAUUGCCCUCUUUACUGCGUCAUUAAUGUUUCCUAAAAUGAUUGCAAGGCGAACCUCUGAAGAAAAGCGGCUGAAUUUUGACUGGAGGCUGUUAAAGGCGUUGACUCUGAUAUUCCAGUCCCUCAUGUUAUUUGGUCUUGCCCUUAUGAACAUCUCCCUGGCAUACUUCCUCGCUGUCUUAUUCGUACCAGUCUCAGUCCUUGUGCAUCCAUCCAAGUCCAGAGUAUCCCAGUGGGGCCAGAAGCUCCUUCUUCUGCUAAUCUCUCCCUUCAGCAUCCUCUACAUUGCCACAGUGAUUCGUUCCCUUGGUGACAAGAAUGAGGGCGGUUCACUGGGUCUCCUUGGUAACGCGUGGAGCAACCUCAGUCACGGUGUCCUGCUUACUCUUGUGGACAGAUACUUUUUCGGCAACUGGUUGUUUGCCUUGUUUAGCUUUGCAGUGUUUCCCAAUUGGUUGAGUCUGUGGUCUAUUUCUUUUUGUGAGUCUGAAUAAUGGUCAAGUCAUUAGGGAUGCAGUUCAGCACUGUGAUUUUUCCACUGGUUAACUCUAAUGUCCAUUCACUCUAUAAGUCACAGUAAGCAAACAUUGUUAUGUGCUUCAUGGUAUUUCCAAACUGGAUCCAAAUUAACCAAAUUUCUUUUUCACUUAAGACUAAGAAUGAAAAAUGCUUAUAAGGAUUAAAUGUUAAAUGAUUAUGCUUUCUGUUUCAACUGACAUUUCUUUACUGUGAGCUGUUACACAUGUUUAUGUCCCAUGUUUUUAUAAAAUGCUUGACAUUGGAUCUAAGUCCAUUCUGUUUUCCUAAGACUAUAGAUGGGUAAGUGAAUAGCACUGAAUACAGUCCUAGGUUAACCCAAUAGUACUGAAUACAGUCCUAGGUCAACCAAAUAGUACUGAAUACAGUCCUAUGUCAACCAAAUAGGACUGAAUACAGUCCUAGGUCAACCAAAUAUAAUUGAAUACAGUCUUAGGUUAAUCAAAUAGCACUGAAUACAGACCUAGGUUAAGCCUAUAGCACUGCAUACAGUCCAAUGUUAACCCAGUUGCAAGGAAUACAGUCCAAGAGCACUGAAUACAGUCUUAAGGUAAAAUAGUAGCACUGGAUUAAGUCGUUGAUUUAUACUGAAUACAGUACAAAAUCACUGAAUACAGUCCUGUGUUAACCCAACAGCACUGAAUACAGUCCAGUAUUCAUUCUGAAAAAACAGAACCGAAUACAGUCCAAGGUCAACCCAAUAGUACUGAAUACAGUCCCAGGUCAAGCCAAUAGCACUAAAUACAGUCCCAGGUUAGCCCAAUUGUACUGAAUACAGUUCUAUGUUAACCCAAUACUAUUAAAUACAGUCCAAGGUUAGCCCAGUAGCACUGAAUACAGUCCUAUGUUAACCAGUAGCACUGAAUACAGUCCAAAAUCACUUAAUACAGUCCUUUGUUAACCCAAUAGCACUGAAUACAAUCCUGGGUUCACACUGAAUAAAGAGCACUGAAUACAGUCCUAGGUCAACAAAAUAGACCUGAAUACAGUCCUAGGUCAGCAAAAUAGUUCUGAAUACAGUCAUAGGUCAACCAAAUAGUACUGAAUACAGUACUAGGUCAACCAAAUAGAACUGCAUACAGUCUUAUGUCAACCAAAUAGAACUUAAUACAGUCCUAGGUCAACCCAAUAGUACUAAAUACAGUCCUAGGUAAACCCAAUAGUACUGAAAACAGUCCUAGGUCAACCAAAUAGUACUGAAUACAGUUCUAGGUAAACCCAAUAGUACUGAAUACAAUCCUAGGUAAACCCAAUAGUACUGAAUACAAUCCUAGGUUAACCCAAUAGUACUGAAUACAGUAAUAGGUCAACCAAAUGGUAUUGAAUACAGUCCUUGGUAAAUCCAAUAGUACUGAAUACAGUCCUAGGUCAACCAAAUAGACUUGAAUACAGUCCUAGGUCAACCCAAUAGUACUAAAUGCAGUCCUGGGUUUACUAAGUGUUAAUAGAACUGAAUGCAUGCAAUCUAACAGUACUCAAUAGAGUCCAAUCGCACUGAAUACAUUUCUAGGUUAAUCCAAUAGUACUGAAAACAGUCCAAUAGUACUGAAAACAGUCAAAUAGCACUGAAUACAGUCCAAAAGCACUAAAUACACUCUUAGGUAAACUCUGUGAAAUAGCAACAAAUACUGGCCUAAGUUAACCUCGUGUUAAUAUUAUGUAUACUGUCAUAGAUUGACCCAUGUAUACUUUCUAGAUUGACCGAUUUAUACUGUCAUAGAUUGACCGAUUUAUACUGCCCUAGAUUGACCGUGUGUAAUAAGAGCUGCAUACAGUCCUAGGUUAAUCAUGUUGUCUGUUUCCUUUUGCUGAAUAUGCAUGUAGUAUUAGGUUUUGUUUAAUUGUAAAAGUAAGAUUUUUCUGGUGGCUAUCUCAGUGACUAGUCUUGUUUGAAGAGCAUGUGUGCAAAUCUGUUACUAAAGUAUUUACAAUUAUAAUCCGUCAGUUGUGUGUGAUCAAAAAUGUGUGUGUGUGUGAUAAACUGUUUACUUUUUUCUGAGUGUUAGAUUUUAGUGUAGCUACAUAAAACAUGCACAUUUGAGUCACGUUCUGAGAAAACUGGGCUUAAUGCAUGUGCGUAAAUUGUAAUCCAAGAUUAGCCUGUGCAGUCCGCCUAGGCUAAUCAGGGACGACACUUUCAGCUUUUAUGGUAUUUUUCAUUUAAAGGAAGUAUCUUCUACACGAAAAUCCAGUUAAGGCAGAAAGUGUUGUCCCUGAUUAGCCUGUGCGGACUGCACAGGCUAAUCUGGGACAACACUUUACGCACAAGCAUUAUGCCCAGUUUUCUCAGAACGCGACUCAUUUGUUUUCUUUAAAAAAAUGUUUACUAGCCAUUUAUUUUAUUCUAUUCCAUAUAAUAGUGUUAUUCUAUUCCAUACAAUAGUGUUCACUGCUUAAAUUGUUGAUCGAUGAUUAUAGAUAAAGAAAAUGGUUUGAAAUCUGAUAUUUAUGCUCAACUAAUUAUAUAUCAUUUUCUAUGAGUAUAAAUAGAAAACUAUUAUUACAGAUAGAUUUUACAUACCAUCGGUCAAAUCUCUAUUUAUGAUCUGAACUUCUACUGACAGGUAUAGUUGUAGUGUUAGGUACAUUACCACUGGCAUAUCUUGUAAAGUCUAUGCAGUCAUUAAAGGAAACCCAUUAUUUGCUAAAUGCGUGUUAGUGCAUAAUCUCAUUUCAUCUUAAAUAUUGAGGGUUAUAAGACUGAUAUCAAUUGGAAAGACUUAUUCAAAGUGACAGACACAAGUAAAUUAUUCGAAGGUACAUGUACAUUUCUACAAAAAUAUUUUUUCAUUGAUCUUUUAACUUAUGACUUUUUGUGUUUCUAUAAAUUUAACUUUUUUCCCCAGAAUGGAAUGAUUUUCUAAUAACUAAUAAAGGUAUCAGUGUUGCUCACAAGAACAAGGUCCAAGGUGAAAGGUCACAGUACAAGGUCAAAAGUCAGAUUUAGAAAAUCAGUCCCGAACAAUUUGUCUGUUGUUUAGCUUUGUUAAGCAUUGAGAGAUUUUCAAAUAACUUUGGAAAGGAAUCAGCAUGGUGAAACCGCUUGUCACACAUGAGAAUCAGGUUGUAUGUUCUGAGUCAAGGUCACAAUAAAAGAUCAAAGGUCAGAUUUAAGAAUCCAUUAUCAACACUUUGUCUAGAGGAAAAAUUUGUUCAGCAUUGAUGGGUUUUGGUAUAACUUGAAAUAAAUUAAUAAAGUAUGAUAUGUCAGAUUAGUAUUACACUCAACAACCAGAUCAUCAGGUCCAAUGCCAAGGUUACAAUUCAGAAUCCAAUGCCAAAUUAAAGAAGCAACCCCAGGAAAAUACAUCAAGGGAAACUUUGAAACUUACCUGAGGUAAAAAAGAAAUGUUAUUAAGAAAUUCUAUUAAGUGUUUGCUCAUCCUUUGACUACUGACAUUUUCACACCAGGGGCCCAACUUAUUUGAUUUUGUUCUUACACUAUGUACAUUGACCACUCAGAACACUCAAUUUUCCGAAAUAUAUUUCUUUGCAUUUAUUUAUUUCAUAUGUCUUUUCGAGUAACAUGAUCAUUUAAUGAAUGUGUCUAACAUUUUAUAUGUCUUUUUGUAUAACAUUUACAUUUGUAUCAACACGAUCGGUACUUUAAAACGCCACUGUGUAGAUCCUCUGUCUUUUUUUGAUAAACAACGAUAAAACUGUA